CUCGAGUCUCACAACUGGUCUGGUGCGAUCCCCGGACGGACCAAAGUCAGAAGUUCACGGCCUUUAACACCUGGAUGGAGGUGUUCUGGAUGAUCAGUAAUCAAGGAACCACCCGAUUACACCAACUACUUACAUGACCGCGAGGCUUCUCCAAAUUCUCAAGCGCAUGCUUUUCCGGGAGUCUUUUCAGCUUCUUCCAUGAUCAAUGCUCAAUCCCUCUUUUCUAGAUAUCUAUUAUCUUACAUUCUCAAGCACCGUCAAGCAUGUAUCUUCAGGAUUGAAGAUACAUUUUCUUGAUUUUUUCUUCUGGGAGCAAAGCGCUGAUUCGAUCAUAUGGUUACAACAUCCCAUAUAUAUACAUUGAACUCUCGUACGGCCAUCAUCCUUGAAAUCCCUAUUAGUUAGGCAAGAGGAGGGAAUCUGAUGCACAUUGGAAUGUUAGCAUAGUGCGCCUGGCUGAAAUUUGUAGUAGGAUCACAUGGUCUCAAGCUGAAAAGCUUAAGGAUUUCAUCCCAUACCUUGCAGCUGCACCAUUCGCCAGUUCUUCGGCGGUUGCUGGACAUGACUACAAAUUCCUUCACUCUUUAUCCUGCGGGCUACAGGACUCUUCCUCCAAUUUCGAUAUUUUUGUACUGCUGCGCCACAAGUCAACAACAAGUCCUAAAUUUCCAGUGAGGCUGUGUGUAAGGCUGAAGCCACAUUAUUAGUCAACAGUGGCGUCGGCGGCAUGCAUCUUGCAGGUCAAAAAAGGAGCAGCCCUACGAAGUACAAUCCUCCAGCUUAGAAACUGAGGUUGGUGGACCAAGCGGCUUCCCACGUGUAGACCGAUAAAACUCCCACAGCCCCAUGUUACCAAUUGAGAAAAGGAGAGCGUUAUUCAUUUUUGUAAAACCCAAUCCAUCGCUUCCCUGCUUUUCGCCAGCCAUUCAUUCAACCCAUCAUCCAUUAUUAGCCAACGGCCCAGACUCUCCUCAGCACAGCAUUGAAACGAUUCAGGAACUAUUACUAUAGCGCAUUACAGAAAUAGACCAAGCCAGAGGGCAAAUGAAUGAAAUCGUGCAACCCAACACAAAAUGGACAAUCUCAAAGAAUUUGGAAAGCACAUCAUAAGAGCCAAGAUUUUCGAUGGGAGAUUCUCAUAUGGGUCCGCAAGUGCCCUCAACCAGAAUUUCGGGGUUUGGAGAACAACUUCCAUCUUUUGAUCUCUCCCUCUCCCUUCCUAGCCUAGGAUGGGAGAGUGUAUGUCGUGUGCGCUCCGUAAUUCAGCACCUGUGUCCCCAUGACGACAACUACUUCCCUGGCACUUACCAAAAUGCCUGACAUUGUUGCUGCCUUAAAACCAUCAGCCUGGCUGAUAACUGCGAAUAAUGUAUUGAGAAUUCGGCCAUCCGCUUAAGAGUUCCUUGGUGAAAGCAUGGAUUUGACUCCUUCGUUCGAUAAGAGUUAACGCUAGCAAUGCGGUAUUAUUCUUAUCAUCUUAUUAUGGUCCGUGGACAAUCGACAACAAUGUAUAAGGCGAGUCAAGCGAGGCCCCCAAAGGCAUUAUUCGUCACCCUAAUUGCUGUAAGCAAUCAAGCAGCACCAAUAGGCCAGGCCCACCCUGAAACGGGCUAAUGAUCUCUGGGCUCAAAGCUUUUUUGAUUGCUGGUUGAAUAACGGCUGCCAAAUGUCGCGGCCUCUCUCACCUCCCUACCCAGCAUUAUGCGGCAAGACGGAAGGGGUAAAGGGCUUCUCUGUACAUCUCAACGGCCAGCCCCACCCACCUCAGCACCGCGGUCAGGGGCCGGUGUAUUUCAAAUCUCCUGAGCUCGCUUCCCUCCGGCCGGGCCGCUGCGGCAGCAUCCUGCACUAUUCGAACCAGUCUAUCUGACAAGCAUAGGUUAUUUGCUGCUGCUUCGCUCAUUAUUGGCUGCAACUAGCAUUUCCUGAAUGGCAGGGCUCUCGUGCAAAGAUUGUGACCUCCAUGGAUCGAAACCCUGGAUUCAAGGCUGAUCGAAGGAAUGACCAAUGGCCACCCACCCUGCAACAAGUGGAUUCAUGCAAUGAAGCCGAUGGAAAGGAGCCUGUUCACCUUUUUACCGUGUCCAUCUACUUUGCAGUUUCGAUUUAUUUUCCUCCGUUUAUUGCAGGGAAUAGCUGAGCCUUAUCGAUAUUACACUUCAUAUUUCAUUUUCAGGCAAUCUGCGUAUACGCCUAUCGAAUAUCAAUGCCCGCUUGUGCCUCGCACCAUUUAAUGGUGACCCAAAGCAAUGACAGCACCUUUGCAGGACUAUGGAGGAAACGGAACUGGAGACCCUAAUAAUGCUAAUAAUAGUUUGCCGAGGGAAGAACAUGCUACCAUGCGAAAAUGAUACGUUACGAACUGACGGUGCAAGAGCCGCGAGUGUCGAAUAGGGUACCUGGACUGGAAACUUGGGCUUCUAUUAAUAAUAAGUAAAGUGCGCUAGCUAGGGCUGAUAUUCGAUGUCGGAACAGAUAGUUCCCUCUGUUCUAACUUGCGGGGACCCCGAGCGUCUUUUUGUUUAGAAAAAGAUAGGAAAGUUAACUAAAUUUCAGAGGACAUAGCUAUGCUAUGAUGCGUUAAACUAAGGUGCUGAGCCCAGGAUUAGUAAAAUAGAGUACAUAAACGGCGCACUGAUUGGCUGCCGGUAAACUCUAUUUGGCGCUAAAAUAAGCGCUCUGGGCUUUGGAAGAUUUCGGCUUCCUGCAGCCAAUCCAGGGCCACGAGGAGGAGAAUCUGCACAACAAGGAUGGUUUACACUAACGUGCAACCAUGGGGGGGUUUACCCGCUUCAACAAGAAUUGGUGCCUGGAGACAAGUUCUCGCCUAGCAGAGCUUGUAUCUCGAACUGACUCUCUACUACCUACAUACCUGUUGAGGCAUAUCCCGGAGAGAAUGAAUCUUUUUUUAAAGGAUAUUUUGGGGCAAGGGUCAUCAUGAUAAAGACGGAAGACUCAGCCAGUUCUUAGUUCUGCAACGCUUUUUAAGGGGCGCUUCCAUUAUUAACCAAUGCGACGCUAGGCGGGGGAAAUAGAUUCCAACCUCGGUAUCCACCUCCAAAAUAGGCACACACGUCUGGAGAUGGUUGUACAAGAAAUGCUGUGGCGAUAACGGUUCAUAGAGGAAUGAAUUGUGCUUGCAAAAUUUCUUGUUGGGCAACAGAGUUUACAAGAAUGGCGGUUGCUCUGUAGGGCGGCUUUGGCGGGUCGAUCACGACGCUCACAUGAUCUCAGCUGCUUGCAAAUCGGCUUUUGCUGAACAAUAAUCAACCUCACACUAAACCACCACCAACCUCGACAGCUGCGCCUAUAUGGACCCACCAUACGGAGUACUGGCUCUUGGCUAGCCCUCGAAGAUAACGAUUCCUUUGCCGUUUGUUGGAACUAAUUCUUGGCUCAAGAAUCGUUGACCUGCUAAUAAGUGUCAGCCUCUGUGGGCUCAUGAAGCAUUCGCAGCUUUGAGCUUGUGAGAACGCCGUGAGAGUACUAUGCGUAACUCAGGCCUGGGGAGUAACUUCGCAGUAAAGGGCUUGGCCCGCCAGCGUUGCGCGUUCGACACGAAGCUCCUUCCUUCAUCCGGACUGGCGAGUUGAGCCUUAUUUGCAGGCGUGGCGGACUGGGCUGAAGGCAGGACAUGCCACCUUCAGGCGAGCUAUCGACUUGCAAGAUAUGCUGCGUAUGUAUCUCACCCAGGCGAUGGUAUACGCGACAAUGGUACUAGCCCGCUAAGCCCAGGAGCCCGAGCUUGACUGGAAUCGCUGGGUGGUACGACGCCUUGCAAGAAAACAAAACCAAGGGUUUUGCCUGGUUCUUCAAGGUAGUUUCGGAUUCGCCCAAGUGCAGCAACCCUCCUUCGCUCCUAAAAUAACCUUGUAUCGUUAGCUGGACGGGAGCCCUAUCCCUGGCAGUGUCACCAAGAGAAGACAAGUCACCAUGCCUAGCGAAAAGACAACCGCGCCUACGAACCUCGGAGCUCUUGUCCUGAUUUUUUUUUUUUUCCCUCUUUGGAUUAAUUGCCCCGUAAUCGAGCAUCCUCGCGGAUGUACAAGAAGUUGUCAUCACCUUUCUUAUCUGGUGUUUGAGUUCUUUAAUUUAAUUACCCUGUGAAUUUGGUGUCUAUAUUACUGUUCUGAGCAUGAACCGACUGGCUUGGCUCUAGCUAGGUCGAAGUCUAAAGAGCAUUAGACUCAACCGUCAGGUUACCUCCCGGAACGAUACCAAAAUACGUCGUCUGGCCCCCAAAAAUAUUGGAGCCCCUUUGGAACCAUCCCUUUAAGGCUUUACCCCGGCGGUUUUGGCAGCUUGAUGGACUUCUUCCGCUUGGGUCGUUUUAGGUAUCCAUCAGCUCUUGGUUUGGCUCCUCUUUCCUUGCAGCCGCAUGUCAGCCCUCACGAAUACCCAUCAUUUGAUGAUCUCCACUUGAAUAUUUGGACCUAAAAAGGGCGCCAGGGAGAGUUGGAAGCUUAUGAACGCAUGUCACCCACAAAAGGACUUCUGGCUAGCCACCCCCCCCAACUCAAACAACUCCGCCCUGGAUUAAGCUAUGAAAUGGAAAUUUCAUUCUUCUUCCUCACCUGGCGCGUCUCCAAUGACUCGCUACUACAAUUUUAUUUGAAGUGAUCAGAAUGCUGUAGAGUCCAGGACUUUGUCUCUUGGGCAGGAUGUGGAACUAAACUACUUGGCAUCAAGGAACUUGGUCUGUUACAACCCUGUUAAGGCGAAAUUCUGUGUGGUGGUCUUGGUGAGCGGUAUUCAAAACUAAUUGUGCAGAAUCAAAUCGGGAUCGGGGUUCUAUAGCAUGUGCUAGAAUGCUGGAGAGCCAACAAGCUCCUUAGGGCUGGCCUUUCAGUUGUCAUCUCGCAAUUUCAAGACGUGGCGCACGACUCUGCACCCCUAAUAUGGAGAUGAUGAUGAAUCGGGCCUACUAGAUGGGUUGGCAUGAAUGGGGCUAAGCUCCAGCGCAAUAUGGCUGAGUGUUUUGGCUGGGCAUCUGUUCUUAAAACAGAAUGGGGUGGAGAGGUUGGCAGCUCCUACUUUAAACUGUUACCCCCCAAAAUGUUCGCCCUCAUUUUCCUCUAAUUCAUUUCCAUUCCGUUUUAUAAUCCUCAUAUAAUUGCGGUUGAGAGACAUUAUUAUCGCAAAUACCGUCGUGUCUGUUGCGAAGGGUUCUGUUGUGCGGGGAACAACUAUUUCAAGCUCCUAUCUCCAGUGCCCUUUUUGUAUCCAGAGUAUAUGGUCUUGUCCAAUACAUAUCUAGGAGUUCUCGAAAGGAUCAACCAGCUACGAUUACUGCCGCGCAGUUUGAAGCCCUAAACAUUUCGUCCCCUACCCCGCCACCACCAAUUGCCGUUCACCGGGCGCCAGAGUACGCUCCAUCCGAUCUGAGCGCUCUUGAUGCGAAUUUAGCAGUUGUAGUCAGUCAAGCACAACAAAACUGGCCGUCAUUCCAGAUGACAGCUACUGUCGAUUCGAGUUCAACACCACAGUCGUUUACUGGAGUACCCAACUCCGAAAUCAGAUACAGCGGUUUCUCCUCGAGACAAGAGCAAUAUACCACAGAACAUAUGAAUACCUUUCACUACAAUAUGCCUUCGCAUUCAUCAGCCUUUGCACAACCCAGUUAUCAUUACGCUGGGCCUGGCCAUACGCACCUUCCAGCCUACGGAAUAGAACCCGAAUCCGCUUCGUCGCUGGAAUUUCCAACUAAUUUUACCCACCGGAAUCCUCCCCCACAGGCAUCUAUUCCCUCAGAUGGCUUGAUAAAUAUGCCUCCUCCAGGCGGAUAUCACUAUUCGGUUCCGCAAUCCCAGGUUUCUUCCACAAGACAAUACAAAGAUAGAAUAUCAAUUACGUUAUCUGAGCAUCACGCGCCGGAUCAGGAGUCUCGUCCAAGUAAUUCACGGGAUGAAUACAUACAGCAUGGAUUUACCUCACAUCCUGCUACGGAACCAUAUUCCGAUCUGUCUACAAAUAUGGCUUCCCUCACUCCAGAUUAUUUGAACCACCCAGUACCCAACGUUACCGGCCAUGCUUAUCCCGCCUCCCCCUCACUAUAUGAGCCGCUACAUCCCUAUCAAAGACAAUAUUCUUUUUCACCUAUUCCCGAUACAGGGGUUCCCGCAACCUCAGCUUCAGCUGAUAAUUUUUCUACUCCAUACAGUGUCUCACCCGCCCCAGAGGACCAAGUACGAAUUGUGAACUCUCGACCGAAACCACAGUGCUGGGAUCAUGGCUGUAAUGGCCGUGAAUUUUCCACAUUUAGCAAUCUUCUGCGUCAUCAGCGUGAAAAGGCAGGGACUGCCACGAAAUCAGAAUGUCCUCAUUGUGGAACGGUUUUCACUAGAACAACGGCACGGAAUGGACAUCUUGCGCAGGGAAAAUGCAAAGCGAAGCGCGAACAGCAAUAGCACGGCAAUAGUAACAGAGAGAUAGUGUUCAUGCGCUUUGAUUAUCUACGAAGGUAUUGAUAUCAAUUUUUGUUCGCGGUGGGCGUUUUUUUGCUUCUGGAGGCGCAAUGGGUAGGUGCAUACAUUGGGAGACUGGAGCCCCAAUCACCUUUUCCGACUCUUUGAUCACCCUAGCCAUCUUGCUGCACAUGUAUGUGACCUUUUCAGCAUCAUCUCAGCAUAUCUGCUUUUAGCAUCAGCACCUCAUGACUUAAAAAGACACAAUGACAAAACUAUCACUAAUCCCUCUUUUAUCCUCAACCAUGGCGAAAUGCGGAUUGAAGAGAAACUACAUCUAGAAAGAUAAAAUGGAGGACAAAUGAAGCAAUUUGAUAAAUACGAGAGGAUGCUCCAGGUUCUUAAACUUGAACCUGGGGCCCCCUGCCUCCAAAUCAUGGACAUGAAUAGCGGAUACGUUCGAUUGGGCAAUCGACCGUCAGAUGGAUCCAUCCAUGGAUGUGAGCUGAGCACGCUCUUAACAUCAGAUUCUUGAAAGCCAAUAUCGUAAAAUGUUAAACUGUCGUCUAUGUAUCUCUAUACCUGAAUAUGAGUAAAUCAUUGGGCAUUUCUGACAUAUUUCUCUAACUGGACCCUGGCAAUUAGCGACUUCAACAGGUUGCAGCUUAUGUUUCCACAGCUAGCCGACCUUAUUUGCUUUUAUUUGCUGCUGUUUUUCGCGGAGCUUGGCACGAGCGAUUACUGGAUUGUGGUCCACGCGCGGAAUUGGGAUGACGUGUACUCCAUGCUCCGUACGUGUAACUCUGGCGUCGCCCUGGUUUUUUUUUUAGCUUCAACUUAAGCUCAACAUGACGGUGACAUGAUGUCCUUUUGCACUCUCCAUAAUAAUAGCUUAUGAUCCCCCUGUUCCCGAGAAAAGGCCGCACUGUUGAAGUUGAAGGAGAGUUAUCAGGCCCUGCAUGUUCUUGGUUGGAGCGUAGCAAAUGUUCCCGAGGCCAAAGAUGGCAUAUCGGCUUCGACCGAUUUUCUUUCCUUCGAUAUUUUUUUCCCUCUCGCUACGUUUUCGCUUCCUGGAUCACACAUCGUCGGGUAUCCGGCGCUAAUAAACGCCCGAACCAACCGCCAAAUUGGGAGCGAUACACGAAGUUUGACUUCGCGUGCUAGGUGGCCGACAGCUGAACUACCUAGCGUAGAGAAGGGUGGGGGUUAGAGGAGUAUCGAAGGGCCAAAGAAUGAGGAGAGCUGUCUCCACGUAGGAGGAAUACUCGUAAAUUUUAACAUUAUUCCUCCUCUGGAAUCUCAAGGCUUUCAAGGCGAUUCUCGCCCAUACUAAGAGAGAACAGGGACCCGUGAGUAUGGUAGUUAUCAUAUGCCAAUAAUGCGAAGACCAAGGUCCUAGAUCAGUAAUUAUCAACACACUCGCCUGAGGAUGUGUAGGCAGCUGGUGAGAAAUAUACUCUGCCGUGUUGUAGCCAACUUAGCAGGCUUGGCCGCUUUGGCUGGUUGGGUGCCUCAGGCGAGCUAUUAAUUUCUUAUUGCACACCAGCGCGGGGGCACCGAUUCAAGCGGCGUGGUUCUGCUCCUUGCCUUCAUUACCACUAAUCUUCACGGAAUCUCACACAGAAACAAGAAACACCGAUGGCAAAGAG